AUGCGUCAUCUUACAACAUCAGUGAUAUUAACCUAUAAAUCAACGCUGUCGGAUGAGCAAUAUAAAGAUCAAUUGAAUGAAACUGAAUAUUUGACUAUUUUACUUGAUUACUGCUCGCAGCGUUUUAUUGACGACUUUGCAUAUUGUUAUCAAAUUAAUACCACUCAUUUUAAAGAAGCAUUUGCUGAUGCGUUAAAUUGGAAAAAUGGUUUUAUAGCUAAAUUAUCUGGUAGUCGUUUAAGUGGUCUAGUUGAAGAAUAUUUUGUUGAAUCAGACGACGAUCAAUUUUCAAUCGCCGGUGGUGAUACAGAUAUUAUGUUUGAGCCACAAGAUGCUUUUGUAUCAGAUAUAGAUACAGGAUCAUUAUCACAAAUCGGAUUCGUUGAAAUAACACAAUAUCCUGGUUUCUAUUAUAUCGAGUAUAAUUCUAAAACAAAAUAUCAUUCAACGUUGAAAAAUCUAGAUAUCUUUGAAAAACGCAAUGAUAAACAAUAUGUAUCUAGCAAAAAAUUAACAGAUUUAUUGCAUAAUGAAUUUUUAAAAUAUAGUGAACGUGGUCCAUGUUUGAUAGAAUUGCAUGGACCGGCUGUUUCAACUACUUUAAAGGAUGACACAUCAUCACAAGAUUUUGUGUUUUCAUUGCCAAUGUUAAAAAUACCAUAUCAUAUACGUGAACAAUGGCUUAAUCGUUCAAAAGAAUGGCCAUCCAUAGAUGUUGUUGAAAUGGUAUCAAAUUCAGUAUGUCAUUUAGUACCUAAACGGUGGAAUACGAUUAAUGAAGUUGAAGAAGAUCCAUUAACAUGGCGAUUAUCGUUAAGUUUUGCAGAAGUAUUAUUGACAAAUUCAUGGACUAAAAAACAAAGACAGUUUUAUUUAUUAUUAAAGUCAUUUGUACAAGAAUUAGCACCAGGUAUGUUACGCCCAAUUAUGUCUUUAUUAUCCUUCUUUAUUGUGAAACUUGAUUGA